AUGAGCGGAGGCAUGCGGCAGAUCCUCAACUUGGGGCUUUAUGACGGGGUCAAACGCGCGUAUUCGCUGCGGCGCCUGAACCUCUCCAAGUUGCAACUUUUUCACCCGACGGCAGAAGAGGCGGCCGCGCAUGGCAUGGUGCUGCCCACGCUGGCCCCCGACAAGCCCCGUGCCGGCAACAGGAAAAGGAUCUACAACACUAAACUGGCGACGGCGGAGGCGGCGGCGCCCAAGAUGGAUGUGCCAAAACCCGAGCUGGUCAUGGGGCCACCGCAAAUCUCCCCCUGGCUCAACUCACAUCGCUUCGUCCAUUUCUUCCCCACCGCCUCGGAGAGCAACGUCAUCUUGGGCGACCGCGGGAACCGCAUGUUACGCUUCAACAUCGUCGAUGGCUUCCGCUACAUGGAUACCCUGCCAUGCCUCCACGGAGUCAAGGAGAUGCCGAUGGUCAUCUCCGUCCCUCCAACGGACGUGCACCUUCCUGAUGGCCACCAAGAAGACACUGGCGACCUCUACAUCAUCGAUGGCCUCCUCCAUCCGGACAAGGCGGAGGUGCGGCCGCAGUUCGAGGCCCUGGUGUGGAGGGGGUUCGACCAGUCCGCCAUAUCUAGCAAGUUCUGGCACUGCGACAUCCUCCCUCUGCCGCCGUGGAUCAACCACCACGAGCACGCCAUGGUCUUCGGCCACGCCCUCGUCGGCGACAGCAUCUGCUUCUCCAUCUGUGGGGCCCAGGGUGCUGGCACCUACUGCUUCCACAUCGCGACUCGUGAGUGGAGCAAAGCUGGCGACUGCCUCAUGCCCUUCCAUGGCAAGGCAGAUUACGUCCCUGAGCUUGGACUCUGGUUUGGCAUGUCACAGGACAACCUCCUCUGCGCUGCUGACCUCUCAGGCCUCGUCAGAGGGGAGGAGCUGUCGCCAGACAAGAUGCGGAUCUGGCAGCGUGAUGACCUGCCAGAGGAGUGGCAGCCAAACAGCUUGCGCAAUCCCUGUGUCGUCAGCCUUGGUUAUGGCAGAUUCAUCAUCGUGGACUUCUUGGAUUUCAUAAAAUUCAACAAGGAAUGGAACGAGAUGGAUGCCGUCAAGGAAUUUGCCCUCUUCACCGGUAUGGAGCUAGCCUUCAGCAACGGCAAAGGCAAGAAUGGCAGAACUGGUGCCAGCAAAGACAAUGGCCACCACAGUAGUGGCACCGAUUGCUCCGGCAAUGAGAGUUGCAACUGCGGCAGUGAGGCUGGCAGCAAUGGCGGCAAAGGCAAAGGGCUGAUGCAUGGCCUCCGUAUGAUCAAGCACAAAUCCCAUCGUUACAUGUUUAAGAAGCAACUGAGGAUCGAGGAGGUGCUCUGA